GCUGUCGGAGACCUCGCCUAAAAUAAAUCGCACCCGGAAGAGGAGGACCGAGGGGGAAACGACGGUAGAGAAAUUGUUGUGGAUCGUCCACAGAGUUUCUUUUGCAAUUUAGCUAAUCCAGCGAGUUUCAAACCGACCACCACCUGAGACACAUCUGUAGGAGGACUCAGCCUCGUCGUGCACUCGGUAGAGAUGUCGGUCGUGCCUCCCAGUCGCUCGUCUGCCGGCUGGCCGCGCGGUGGUGCCGUUCAGUUUGGGAACAAAUACAUGAGCGGGCCCGCUAAACCGCUGACACUGGAGAGGACCAUCAACCUAUAUCCUCUCACCAACUACACAUUCGGCACCAAGGAGCCUCUGUAUGAGAAGGACAGCUCAGUGGCCGCCCGCUUCCAGCGGAUGCGUGAAGAGUUUGAUAAAAUGGGAAUGCGGAGGACAGUGGAGGGUGUCCUCAUCGUCCAUGAACACAGGCUACCGCAUGUGUUACUUCUGCAGCUGGGCACUACUUUCUUCAAACUACCCGGGGGAGAGUUGAGUCCUGGGGAAGAUGAAGUGGAGGGUCUGAAACGCCUGAUGACCGAGAUCCUCGGACGGCAGGACGGUGUAAAGCAGGACUGGGUGAUUGACGAUUGUAUCGGCAACUGGUGGCGCCCCAACUUUGAGCCUCCACAGUAUCCCUAUAUUCCAGCUCAUAUCACCAAACCUAAAGAGCAUAAGAAACUAUUCCUGGUUCAGUUGCAGGAAAAAGCACUGUUUGCUGUCCCCAAGAAUUAUAAACUGGUGGCAGCACCGUUGUUUGAACUAUAUGACAACGCUCCUGGAUAUGGACCAAUCAUUUCCAGUCUACCGCAGCUAUUGAGCAGGUUCAACUUUAUUUACAACUAACUUGAGUGAACAGAAGUACGUCUGGCUGUCUCUGUGAGUGCAGUCCUGUCUGAGUGAAGAUGAGAGACUGUGGUGAAAAAAAGAAAAGUCUCAUCUUAAGCUCGACUUUCACAAAACAAAAGUUUGUCAUGUCAGGUAUAUUGACAGUUCACAGGGGUGUUUAUAAUGUCAGAAGAAAAAGGAAAUGUCAUGUGUCUGUUUUUUUUAAUCUUGAGAAUGCUAGUUUUUGUAGUUUACAACCUGUAUUCCAGUGUGAUGAAAAUCUGGUUUUAUGUCCUCUCAGAGAAGGCCAAUGUUUGAUUAAACAAACUACAUCAUUGAGUUUCCUGUUGUUUUAACCUGUAACAAUGCUGUUUUUUUUCUUUUUAAUAAAGCAGUCCUUUGAGUAUGUUUUUAUAAAGACAAAAGAGCAAAUGA